GUGAAGUUAGUUUUGUGCUGACCUGCAGUGGUGUCGGAAGUGAAGGAAUCGGAGAAGCGUCGGACUAUCAUAGUGAAAUAAUCUAAAAUGGGGAAAUUAAACGUGACGAUUUUACGAUAUUUAACGGGAGAGGACUUUCGUGUUUUAACAGCGAUUGAAAUGGGAAUGAAGAACCAUGAACUUGUCCCUGCGUCGCUGGCUGCUCAAAUAGCAAAUUUGCGUUACGGUGGUGUGCAAAAGUUGUUGAAAGAACUAUGCAGGCAUAGGCUUCUCAGUUAUGAACGUGGAAAAAAUUAUGAUGGUUAUCGUUUGACAAAUACAGGCUACGAUUAUUUGGCUUUAAAAGUUUUGGCACGAAGAGGUACUGUCACUUCUUUUGGCAAUCAAAUUGGAGUAGGAAAAGAAUCUAACAUUUACAUAGUUGCUAAUGAUGAGGGAGAGUCAAUAUGCCUGAAACUACAUAGAUUGGGAAGGACUUGUUUUAGAAAUAUCAAAAGUAAAAGAGAUUAUCAUCAACAUAGAAAAUCGGCAUCGUGGUUGUAUCUAUCAAGAAUAGCGGCUACAAGAGAAUAUGCAUACAUGAAAGCACUUUACGAUAGAGGAUUUCCAGUACCUAAACCAAUUGAUUUCAAUAGACAUUGCGUUGUUAUGGAGCUGGUUGAAGGUGGACCUCUAUGUGGUGUAUACAAAGUGGGUAAUGUUGGACUGUUGUACGACGAAUUAAUGAAUUUGAUUGUAAAACUGGGAAAUCAUGGAGUUAUUCACAGUGAUUUCAACGAGUUCAACAUCAUGAUAACAAAUAGCGGGAAACCUAUUCUUAUUGAUUUUCCGCAGAUGAUUUCCACCGAGCAUGUGGAGGCUGCAGCUUAUUUCGAAAGAGAUGUAAAGUGUGUUCGUGACUUUUUUAAAAGACGGUUCGGUUAUGAAAGCGAAUUAUACCCAACAUUUCAUGAUAUUUCGAGAGAAGAUUAUAUUGAUGUUGAAACUAAGGCCAGCGGUAUUACAAAACAAAUUAAGGAUUUUUUGAAGGAAAUGGACAUGGUCGAAGUUGAAGAUGAAGAAACUGAGGAUGAGUGCAGUGAGAAUGCGAAUGAAGAAGAUAGAAGUACGGAUGAGAAUGAAAUUAAUGUGCAACUUCAAGUUGAAAACUCUGUAAGAAGUGAAUUUAUGUGUACAUCAAAGGAAACACUUGUGAACGCAAAAGUAAAUGAAAAGAAAGACUCAAUUGUCUCAUCUUUAGAAGAUUAUGUUAUAGAAGAAGGUGUCAAGAAUAUCGAUAUAAGUAAGUCAGUGGAAAGUGUAACGCGUACAAAGCCGUAUGAUUUAAAUGAAAAACAGAAUGAAGAAAUGACUAAUUCGGUUUUUGAUGAUAUGGAAACAUCCGACGUAGAAAAAUCUAGUGACUCAGGAAGUAUGUACAGUAGUAUGACAAAUGCAACAAUCUCUCCCGAACUCAUUAAGAAAAAGGUGAAACUAGCUUUACAGAAACGCGGAAAAAAAGAAGAGUCUAAGAGAAUACUCGUGAAAGGAGAGGCAAACGCGGUAACUAGAACUAGGAGGGAGAAUAAGGAUACAAUUAAACAGUCGACAGGGAUAUGGGGUUGGGAAUAAAACUGACAAAACAUUUUUGCUAUUUAUUGUAGAUGAUUCAUUAAAAAGAAAAAAAAAGAACAACAAAACUAUCACAUAUUUAUUACAAAUAAAGUUUCAAUUCUUUU